UCGACAACACAACGGGUAUCCUGAGAGAGUGGCUGAAGAAUGUACAAAAGAUGUAUCACUAUGUGGAGUGGAGGCCAAUGGAUGACCCUCAGUCUUAUCCUGAUGAGAUUGGGCCCAAACACUGGCCGAACUCCAGGUUUACCCAUGUGAUGAAGCUGCGCCAGGCGGCUUUGAGAACUGCCAGAGAAAAAUGGUCUGACUACAUCAUGUUCAUAGAUGCCGACAACUUCCUGACAAACCCAGAAGUUCUGAAUCUGUUGAUAGCAGAGAACAAGACCAUUGUGGCACCCAUGCUUGAAUCACGCACCCUCUACUCAAACUUCUGGUGUGGAAUGACUCCUCAGGGCUACUACAAGAGGACACCAGAUUAUGUCCUGAUCAGGGAAUGGAAGAGGGCUGGUUGCUUUGCUGUUCCGAUGGUCCACUCCACGUUUCUGAUAGAUCUCAGAAAAGAGGCCUCAGAUCAGCUGAUGUUUUAUCCGCCACAUCAGGACUAUACAUGGAGCUUUGAUGACAUCAUUGUCUUUGCCUUCUCCAGUCGCCAAGCAGGCAUUCAGAUGUACAUCUGCAACAGAGAACAUUAUGGGUUCCUCCCUGUGCCCCUGAAGCCUCACCAGAUGCUGGAGGAGGACACGGACAACAUUGUUCAUGUGCUGAUAGAGGCAAUGAUUGACCGUCCAGCCAUUGAACCUUCUGACUAUAUCACCGUUCCUCCAAAGCACCCAGACAAGAUGGGAUUUGAUGAGAUUUUCAUGAUAAAUCUGAAACGUCGGAAGGACAGGCGAGACCGAAUGUUACGAACAUUGUAUGAGCAGGAAAUUGCGGUCAAGCUGGUAGAAGCUGUAGAUGGAAAGGCCCUGAACACGAGCCAACUCAAAGCCCUCAACAUAGACAUGCUUCCUGGUUACCGGGAUCCUUACUCCUCGAGGGUACUGACCAGAGGGGAGAUUGGCUGCUUCCUGAGCCACUACUACAUAUGGAAGGAGGUGGUGGACAGGGAGAUGGAGAAGACCCUGGUCAUUGAAGACGACGUGCGCUUUGAGCAUCAGUUCAAGAAGAAGCUCACAAAGCUGAUGGACGACAUCGAGAAAGCCCAGCUCGACUGGGAACUCAUUUACAUUGGCCGGAAACGGAUGCAAGUGGAGCGUCCCGAGAAGGCUGUUCCCAACGUCAUGAACCUUGUGGAAGCCGAUUACUCUUAUUGGACGCUCGGCUACGCCAUCUCCUUGCAGGGGGCUCAGAAAUUGAUUGACGCUCAGCCGUUCGGCAAGAUGUUGCCAGUGGAUGAAUUCCUGCCGGUCAUGUACAACAAGCACCCAGUUGCCAAGUACAUGGAGUACUAUGAACCAAGAGACCUAAAAGCCUUCUCCGCAGAGCCUCUGCUGAUCUAUCCCACCCAUUACACUGGGCAGCCAGGUUACCUCAGUGAUACCGAGACCUCCACCAUCUGGGACAACGAGACCGUGGCCACAGACUGGGACAGAACGCUCUCUCGGAAAUCACGGCAGCAGGGGCAGAUUCACACAGAUGCCCAGAACAAGGAUGCCUUGGCCCCUCAGCCCUCACUGGAUGCGUCGUCUCCGAGGGACGAACUAUGACUGCUCGGCUGAGGGACCCUCA